CCUCUCGCUGCCGACCCUCCGGGGCGAGCGCCCGAGAUCCCUUUCCCAGAGUGCUCCGCGCCGUGAAGAAGCGGCUCCCGGGGACUGGGGGCAUUUUGUGUUGGCUGGAGCCGGAGUAACAAGAUGGCGGCGUCAGCGGAGUGACAGAGGUCCCUCCGGGCGGGAGCCGGCGGCAGCGGUGACAGUGGUAUCGCUGCCCUAACACACCGCGCUCCUUUUCCGGCCCGCGAGGGCGCCGCGAAAGCGAGGCCGCGGCGGCCGCCCAGAAAUAAGUGGCCCGGCCUGGUAACCGAAAGAACCUCCUCACAGACUGCGGCCUGGCCAGGGAAGCCUGACUGAGCGGCGGUGACCGGCUCGCCUCGGCCGAUUCUGGGCCCUGUAACGCCGAGAGAGCCGACGGUUUCCGUUUCCUGCCGCCCUCCUCCGCAGCCUCGCUCCGCGCCCGGGCCUCAGAGGCCUCCGUCCUCCCCUCAGAGGUGUCGGGGCUUGGCCCCAGCCUCCAUCUUCGUCUUUCAGGAUGGCGAGCAGCAGCGGCUCCAAGGCCGAGUUCAUUGUCGGAGGGAAAUACAAACUGGUACGGAAGAUCGGGUCUGGCUCCUUCGGGGACAUUUAUCUGGCGAUCAACAUCACCAACGGCGAGGAAGUGGCAGUGAAGCUAGAAUCUCAGAAGGCCAGGCAUCCCCAGUUGCUGUACGAGAGCAAACUCUAUAAGAUUCUUCAAGGUGGGGUUGGCAUCCCCCACAUACGGUGGUAUGGUCAGGAAAAAGACUACAAUGUGCUAGUCAUGGAUCUUCUUGGACCCAGCCUCGAAGACCUCUUCAAUUUCUGUUCGAGAAGGUUCACAAUGAAAACUGUACUUAUGUUAGCUGACCAGAUGAUCAGUAGAAUUGAAUAUGUGCAUACAAAGAAUUUUAUACACAGAGACAUUAAACCAGAUAACUUCCUAAUGGGUAUUGGGCGUCACUGUAAUAAGUGUUUAGAAUCUCCAGUGGGGAAGAGGAAAAGAAGCAUGACUGUUAGUACUUCUCAGGACCCAUCUUUCUCAGGAUUAAACCAGUUAUUCCUUAUUGAUUUUGGUUUGGCCAAAAAGUACAGAGAUAACAGGACAAGGCAACACAUACCAUACAGAGAAGAUAAAAAUCUCACUGGCACUGCCCGAUAUGCUAGCAUCAAUGCACAUCUUGGUAUUGAACAGAGUCGCCGAGAUGACAUGGAAUCAUUAGGAUAUGUUUUGAUGUAUUUUAAUAGAACCAGCCUGCCAUGGCAAGGACUGAAGGCUGCAACAAAGAAACAAAAAUAUGAAAAGAUUAGUGAAAAGAAGAUGUCCACUCCUGUUGAAGUUUUAUGUAAGGGAUUUCCUGCAGAAUUUGCCAUGUACUUAAACUAUUGUCGUGGGCUGCGCUUUGAGGAAGCCCCGGAUUACAUGUAUCUGAGGCAGCUAUUCCGCAUUCUUUUCAGGACCCUGAACCACCAAUAUGACUACACAUUUGAUUGGACAAUGUUAAAGCAGAAAGCAGCACAACAGGCAGCCUCUUCAAGUGGGCAGGGUCAGCAGGCCCAAACCCCCACAGGCAAGCAAACUGACAAAACCAAGAGUAACAUGAAAGGUUUCUAAGCAUGAAUCAAGGAACAGAAGAAGCAGUGCAGAUGAUUGGAGCAGCAUUUGUUUCUCCCCAAAUCUAGAAAUUUUAGUUCAUAUGUACACUAGCCAGUGGUUGUGGACAACCAUUUACUUGGUGUAAAGAACUUAAUUUCAGUAUAAACUGGCUCUGGGCAGCAUUGGUGAUGCUGUCCCGAGUUGUAGCCUCUGUAAUUGUGAAUAUUAACUGAGAUAGUGAAACAUGGUGUCCAGUUUUCUAUUGCAUUUUUUCAAGUGGAAAGUUAACUAAAUGGUUGACACACGCAAAUUGGUGGAGAAAUCGUGCAUAUGCCAAUUUUUUGUUAAAUCUUUUAUUUUGAACUAUACUGCUUUGAGAUCUCAUUUCAGAAGAACGGCAUGAACAGUCUUCAGCCACAGUUGUGAUGGUUGUAAAUGCUCACAAUUGUGCAUUCUUAGGGUUUAUCCAUCCCUGGGGUUUGCAAGUUGUUCACUUAAAACAUUCUUAAAAUGGUUGGCUUCUUGUUUGCAAGCCAGCUGAUGUGGUAGCAACCAAAGAUUCCAGUGUUUGAGCAUAUGAAAGACUCUGCCUGCUUACCUGUGCUAGAAAUAACAGCAUCUAAAGUGAAGACUUAAGAAAAACUUAGUGACUACUAGAUUAUCCUUAGGACUCUGCAUUAACUCUAUAAUGUUCUUGGUAUUAAAAAAAAAAAAAGCAUAUUUGUCACAGAAAUUUAGUUAACAUCUUACAACUGAACAUGUAUGUAUGUUGCUUAGAUAAAUGUAAUCACUGUAAACAUCUAUAUGAUCUGGGAUUUUGUUUUUAUUUUGAAAUGGGAGCUUUUUUGUUUACAAGUUCAUUAAAAACUAAAAACUGUUUCUGUAAGGAAAUGAGAUUUUUUUUUAAACAACAAAAAUGCCUUGCUGACUCACUAUGAAAUCAAAAUCUCCCCAAUUUUUUAAUAGACUACUUCAAGCCAUUUGUUACAUGAUAUUCCUUUCCAAAUCAUUUUAGAUUUAGUGUUAUACCUUUUCUUCAAGUUUUUUUAUUUAAUUUUUUUUGGUCUGAAGGGGAAAGGCAUUCUUUCACUUUUCUUUUUUUAAUGACGUGUGGGCACAAUACCUAGUGCUGAGGCUACCAGCACCUGGUAUUGUAAUUCCUGCAGCCUCAGACUAACAGCUGGACUGAUUUUGAAUAAGAAUGAAAGCGUUAAAGGGUUUAACUGUAAAACGAAGUUUUUCUUUUAAAUUCCUUGUUAAUUGGCUUUGAUCAGAUUGAUUCUUAACCCUGGAGAGUAUCACACCUGUGAGGUUCAUGUGACACUGAACCCUCCCUGGCUCCCACCCAUUUCUGUAAGUUAUUGGCGCUUCCUUUCUCAGUCAUAUAUGAGGCUCUGUUCUCUUUCUGACCCAAGAGAAAGAAAAACUUAUUGACGGUAAUUCUUUAAGUAAUGUAAUUUAUUCAUUUAUAGCAUGUCAGGAUAAAUUAAAAGAACUUUUGUCUCAAAAUGCUGCCAGAAACCUAUUGUUAAAUGUUGGUAUUUUGUAAAAUAACUUUGACACGUGUUUGGUCAGAUUGUGUCAAGUUUAAUUUGUUUUAUUUUCUUUCCUUUUUUCAUUUGAAAACUACUUUAGCAAUAAUUAAUUCCAUGAUUAUCACAUCCUGCCAUUAAAGCAUAUAUUAGCACCAUCAUACUGCAGAAAUCUUAAUGAGUAUGAACUUUUGGGGGUAGGCAGCUUCUUUGUUUCUUUUCUAUCCACUCAUGUCAGUUAAGGUAUUUGUUUCUUGACUAAUAAACCCUUUGAUACUUUUAGCCAGAAAUCAGUCUCAUAAAGCUAUUUUUGAGUAUAGUUUGUGUAAAAUAAAAAUGUUUAGCUUUGGUAAUAACUUUUCCAAGCUGAACUCCCUCUAGCAAGAUAUUUUUCAGUGCUUUUAUUUACUAUGCACUUAGACUAUGCACUUUUUCUGAAAUAUUUUUGUAACACUUAACUUUUUUGUAUUUUUGCCAUUUGAAAAGGUUGUGGUGUAGUUGGUCUGUAAUUAAGUUGCAGAUUUAAAACUGCUGUUAGCUUUGUAAAUCAAAAUAUAGUGUUUUUGUCCUGGUAUAUCAUCAUUCCAUCUGCAGCUGGAGUUGGAAUCCCAUUGAUCUUCUAGCUACCAUUCAUUUUCUUCACAGUUCACAAAAGAAGAAUGUGAAAUUCAGUGAAUGCUGUUACUAAUCCUGUCGGGAGAUGAAUCUCAUUUCACCAAAAUUAAUUAUGUUUUUCCACUAAAAUGAUGAUACAAGUUGAAGACACAUCACUCUGAAAUUGGAAGACCUCACCACUUAAGGCUCCGCAGUGGCUUACUCAGCUGAACUCUAGGUUACUACUCUUUACUUUGUUCACCCAUUGGGGGUGCAGUUUUUUUAAAUGUUGGAGAUGGCCAUUCUAACUACUGUUGAAUGUCUCUGUUUUGGGAAGGUAUAACAAGAAAAUAAAAAAGAAUAUAUAUGAAGGGAA